AGCUAAUCCUUGUUAGUACUUUUCCGCAAUGCCGGAGCCCGCAAAAUCCGCUCCCGCGCCCAAGAAGGGCUCGAAGAAAGCGGUCACUAAGGCCCAGAAGAAGGAUGGCAAGAAGCGCAAGCGCAGCCGCAAGGAGAGCUAUUCCAUCUACGUGUACAAGGUGCUCAAGCAGGUACACCCCGACACCGGCAUCUCGUCCAAGGCCAUGGGCAUCAUGAACUCCUUCGUCAACGACAUCUUCGAGCGCAUCGCCGGCGAGGCGUCGCGCCUGGCGCAUUACAACAAGCGCUCGACCAUCACCUCCCGGGAGAUCCAGACGGCCGUGCGCCUGCUGCUGCCCGGCGAGCUGGCCAAGCACGCCGUGUCCGAGGGCACCAAGGCCGUCACCAAGUACACCAGCUCCAAGUGAGGCCCGCCGGGACUCGGCGCUCCUCGGAGCAGCCAGCUGCUUGACUCCAAAGGCUCUUUUCAGAGCCACCCACCUCAUCACCAGAAAGAG